AGCCAGAGGUGAGGAAGGGUCACAGCAGCACAUCACAUCUGGAGCGCCAAAAGCUUUGUUCGGUACAACGUGUCUGGCUGCCUUGUUCCAAGCACCGUGUGUGCAACUGUCGUAUGACAGAUGAAGCCAUGGCGACAGUGAGCAGCAAGAGAAAGCGCCCUCAACCACCUUCCGCACCUUCUUCGUUCGACUCGGAGUCAGUCUCCACGACGAUCAUGGUCAAUGCCAAUACGCGCAACAGAGACGACAGCCCAAGCAUCAGUGUCGCUCAACAUCUAUCGCGACUAGACAUGGCUGCCACCGACCCUCCAACCACAAAGAAGCGUCCUGCCGACAUGGACGAGAUCAACGAGACUCCCGGCGCCUACGACUCAAUCAUGCCCUCGCCCAACACAUCACCCACGCCCAACAACUUGGUACCGCAACGAGGCCGCUUUAUCCUUCACCCGCCUCGCCGCGUCACCUCUCCUCCGCCUCCUACACCCAUCGCUUCACCAAAUCAUGAACAAGACCAACAAUUAUCUCUACCGACAGCCAUCAAGAUUGCACAAGACAAGCUGUCCACACUGCGCUGUGACUCCCCGUCCACCCCUGUUGAGGACGAACACAACCAAGACCAAAAUAUGACCUGGCAAGAAGAUGAGAUUACUGGCCGUAAUGUCGACGACACGGCAGACGAUGACGGCGAAGGUAUCAACGGUAUUGGCUUCAUACCGACCCCAGCCAUGGUUAUCAAGCGUUCUGAACAGCGCCGUCGUCAAAUUCUAGAAUGGCGUGCCCGCGAGUCCAGAGAAGCUCGCCAACGCCGCUACGACAAGCGUAAGCCUUCACACCGGGACUCUGCCAUCUCUCUGGACGAUGGUGGCGGCUCCUUCAAGCGUCGCAUGGUCAGAUUCGCUGAAGCUUAGACGCUCCAACACAUAUUAAGCACGAUCUUCAUGACAUGGUGGGACACGGCGUUACGAACAGGUUGCUUUUAUUGCUUUUAUAGGCGUUGUAUGGCGCCGCUACUGGAUACCCAUAAAUCACAAGGACAUAAGGCUGGGUCAAGGAAAUGGGCUCUUUCUACAACAUAUCAAGAUGGACGAUAUGAAUGCUUUCUUCUACUCUUUUCUUCCAUUUCAUGACUCGCCGUUGAUGUGCAUGCUAAUAGGUGAUCGAAUCAAGCAAGCACCUGAACCUAUUUGGCU